CCGAUAAGGCGGAUAAUAAGAAAACUACUAGCGCCUUCUUUAGGGCAGAACAAGAACUCUCCUCGGAGGAGUAAUGGUGCUUGCCUCUCUUUCUUUGAGUGGCGGAUAUAACCAUAACGAACAGAAGAAGAAAGAAGUCUAAAUAACAAUUUGUUUGCAAGACAUUCGUGCAUUUUCUGUCGUGAAAAUCUACCGAGAGAGUUUGAAAACAUCAGCGUCCGUUGGAAUCAAAUGUUUCCUCUGGGAUUAUCACUUGCUGUAGUGAACCAGGGGUGACGAGCUCUCUGCUGUUUAACAUUGAAGGAAACACUGAAAGAUGUCGACGAGAAAAAGCAUUGAAAAUCCUGAAGUCCCGGGAUUGGAAGAGAAUCUGCCACCUCCAUUGCCGCCCCUACCGCCUGAAAAAAUUGCUGAGCCCCCGAUACCAGCAGGACUCCCAUCAGAAAAUAAAGCAAUUGUGCCACAAGUGAAUCCUCCCAUAAUCCCCAAUAUUCCCCCACAGAUGAAUCCCCAUGACCUCCCAAGUUCUCAUGUCAUGCCACCUCUACCCUACAUGCCACCCCCGGUUCCACAGCCACCGGUGGGGCAAAUGGUGCCCUGGUGGGUGCCAAUAGACGCCGACAGCACUGGCAUAUAUUCACAAUGGUCAGAGAAUCAAACUGAAACUUUCGCUCCAGAAAUAAAUAAUGAGAGUGGUGCUACCAAUUUCAAGAGGAAGGCUGAGCAGGUCGAUCCUGCCAAAGACGCAGAAAAAGUCGCGAGUGCCCAGUCGGAGCUCUCAGCCCUCAUGAAGCCUCUGCGGUGUGAUCUUUGCAAUGCAGUUAUGAAUUCAACACUGCAAGCCAAAUUGCAUUACGAGGGCAAACCGCACCAGAAAAAGGUCUCCAUGUUCCUUAAUCAGAGUGUGAAAAAAUUGAAGACUGACGAGGGCCCCAUUACGACCACCUCGAGCGAUUGGAGUUCUUACUGUGAUGUCUGCAAGACGUGGUUUACGUCUCAGGCUGAUGCAUCCCAGCAUUACGCUGGAAAAAAGCAUCUCCGAGCUACGACUGGUGCUCCAAAGAAGAAAAGUCCAAAGAAAGGGUCAGUUCCACCAGUGCCAGUAGACCCAACAGGGAGAUUCGGUAUCGGUGCAGGUUUUCAAUUAGAGGCUCAGGGUCCUUCAAUCGUCCCCGAAGCCGUUGAAUCCGUUGUACCGCUCAUUCCGAAUCUACCGAAUUCCCAAAUGUACAACCCCGCAGCUACAACUUACUCAGGCGCUUUGAGGUGCGAUCUCUGUGGAGUAACUGCUAAUCGUUUGGAGCAAUUGGAGACCCACAAGAGGGGGAUAAGGCAUCAGAAAAUGUUGCGGUUGAAUGGGGUGAUUCCUACAGAAACUGUAGUCACUCCGACUGAACAUGUGGUUACUGCAACGACGAUUGACUACUCCAUCUGCAGAACACCUUCAGGCUCUUACUACUGCGCUCCGUGUGAUAAGUCUUUCACAUCUGAGAACAGCUUCGCUCAACACGUGGAGAGUAAAAAGCACAAAAACCAAGUGAAUCCAAAACCCGCUGGGACUCAAGCCCAGAAAUUAUCAAGUCAAGAUAAACAUAAGAAGCAUAAAUGAUAAAGCGAACUAUAUUCCUAUAGUUCUAUAUUUUUUAUUUGAACAAAGUGAUGAUAUUCUUAUGAACAUGUUGUGUUGUCUGGAUGUUAAAACGAUAAUAAAACGAUGUUCUGUAAA